AUGCCCCUCGACCCGCAAUGGGACUACCGUUUCCCUCUGCGGAAACAGUUUCCCGAGGACCACUACAAGUACACGCGCAUGUUGUUCGAGUACUUCUUAGACCCUUCAUAUGAUGACUGGACCGUCAUGGUGGUCGAGGACGUUGACCCGGCCGGUAGCGAGAAGCUCAAGAUAGCAUCCAUCAGCGUUGACAAACGAGGAGGGAGCACACGUAGAGAUGCCAACCAGGAGCACUUCAACGCCUUCUGUAAUGGUCAGGCCAAGGCCUACAAGAAGUACUUUGGGAACAUUGGUCCGGAGCAGCUUCAUCUUCAGAUCCUGGCAACCUUGCCAGACUUCCAGAGACGCGGCCACGCAACCACGCUUUGCAGAUGGGGUAUGGAUGUCAUUCGCAGAGAGUCCUUGAAAGACAUCUCGGUCAUGGCAAGCCCUAUGGGAUAUCACCUUUACGCCCGGUUGGGGUUCGAUCACGUUGCUACCGUCAUCAUCCAGGUUCCCGGUGAAGAGGAAAAGCUUACUCUUCAAGCCAUGAAUUUACCAACUAACGAUCAAACCUACCAUCACCACCUUGAACCAUUCACCCCCUCCCUAAUGGAUGUAAUAGAACAGGGGUUGAAUUACAUCCUCAACUGGAUCCCUCCAAACUUAUCGUUCUUCGUCUUCUCCCUCGCCCUCAUCAACGCAGCCGACGUCCACAGCGCCAACAUCCGCGGCCACCUCGCCACCGCCAUCGAAACCAACACUGUCCUUGUAGAGAACCAUGAUCAAGGCCACGACCAAGGCCAUCCCGCCCCUACAAUAUCAAUAUCCUCCCUAAAGCCCUUUACGGCCACAACAACCCCAGCAACUACAAUAACAGUCACCACCAGCACCUCCAAACCCGGCAGCUGCUCCAAACUCGGCACCGGCACCGUCCCCCUCCCAACCGGAAUCACCGCAACCCCAACAACCCUAACAGCAAAAACCCUACCAGCAACAACCCUCUCCUCAAUCUUCCUCCCCGAAGCAAGCUGCAUGCUCGCCAUCUUCUCUCUCAUCGCCGACAUCCCCACACCCGGCCCAGCUCUCAGCACAGCCCUCGACAAAGCCGAGGACGCUCUCGUCCCUUCGGCCGUGGCAAACCCUCAAUGCACCAUCACGCUGCCCGCCACGUUGUCAAGCGAGUACGGGGUGUACACAUCCAGAGUGAAUAGCUGGGUGAGCGAACACAGCAAGGAGCUUAAUAAGUUGGAUAGUGUUUGCGGGGAGACUUAUUCUGAGACGGGGAGGAUGUCGGCUUAUAACACGGGGGCGACGGCGGGGCCGGGGUGUACGGCGCCGGUUGCGGUUUUUACUGGUGCUACUUCUACUGGUACGACUGGUGGUGGUGGAAGUGGAAGUGGAAGUGGCACUGCGAAGGCUACGGGGUCUAGUACUGGGGUGGUGACGUCGACGAAGACGGGGACAGGGACGGUGACGGUGACGACGGCUACUGUUACCAGUUCGGUGACGAGUUCGAUCACAGGGUCGGCGACGACUGUGGCAGGGGCGACGAGCUCGCAGCCUGCGUCGGGGCUGCAAGCGGGUGGUGCGGCGAGGGUGACGGGUGUGAUGACUGCUGCGAUGGUGGUGGCUGGAUUUUUGGCGGUUGUUGUUGUUGUUGCGAUGUAA